AUGGCGCAAUCAUAUCAUCAGUCCCAGGCAGCCCUGGCAGGCUUCCUCGACUCAAUGCAACAAGACACUAGUAUGUCCGCAUACAACUUGUUCGGUCCCACGCAAUAUCCCGAGAGUGUCGCCUUCUGGCAUGACCCUUCCGCGGCGCCGCCCAUGGCCCUUCCCGCUCCGUCAUACCCGCCCAAGCAACCGACCUUACUCCAGCCCAUCCCGGACCAGAAGAAACACAAGCGCACCCGCAGCGGCUGCUUUACUUGUCGAUCACGCCGCAUCAAAUGCGACGAGGGACGCCCUAUUUGCGAGCGUUGCCGGAAAGGUAGUCGGGACUGCGUCUAUCCCUCGCCAACCGCCCCUUCGGCUAAGAGCUCCCGCUCAAGUGCCAAGUCACGCAGUGCUCGCCCUCAGUCGCAGGGUAGUGACUCAUCCGGCAAAGUGGACGUCGAGGAAAUCAGCCCGUUAGAGCCUAUCAUCGACGAAGAAGAGCCCGAAGGUACUGAUGUAGGGUCGGGACUAUCGCCAAUGAGCGGUAGCGGUACUGGCCAGUCACGACAUGAUCUGCAUCGCACACAAAGUGGCCAGUCACUGCGGAAACGCAGCAUCAAACAGCCAUCCGAGGCGGGAUCAUUCCAUCUAGAACCGAGUAGCUCUCCAUCGACCGAGUCAUCGAGAUACGAGUCGAUGAGCGUGCGGUCGGCCAGUAUCAGCCAGUCUACGCUCGACUUGCUCAAUAAUAGUCGACUGUCGGAUGAUUUACGGUUCUAUUUGGAUUUUCAUCAACAGUUUAUCUCGCAUGAGCAUUUCUUUUUGAGACAGAGCAGCGCUCGUUUCAUCCAUCACAGCAUUAUCGAACUUGCACUGGGGUAUGAGCCGUUACUGUUUGCUCUGGUGGGAUUCGCGGCAUAUCAUCACACCUUGCAGAGUGGAGGGAAGCUCUAUGCAUUUUUGAAAUAUUAUAACAAGGCUUUGGUGCUCUUGCGAAAAUCUUUGGAAUCGGGCGAGGAACACAGUGAAGCAACGUUGUGCACAGUUCUCGUUUUGACAACGUUUGAGGAGUAUAUCGGUGAUUGGGUGAAUCUCAUCGAUCAUCAUCAGGCUGCACACGCCUUGAUGCGAGAACUAUUGACACCCGAAUCCUCUAAUUUGAUCGAACUCCAUACCAACAUCUUCCUCUGGUACGCUCGAUUCGACGUGGUGGCAGGCAUUCUAGCCGGCACCGAGGCGAUCCUUGGCCGUGACUGGUACAUGGCAAAGGAGCAAUACGAUGCCGAGCAAGCAGCCCUUUACCCCGACGAUCCAAGCAAACAGCUGGCCCUCGUAGCCUCGAUCAAUCGACGCUUUGGACUGGACAUGGCCUCGUUAUACGCCAAACUCUCGCGUGGCAUGAUCCCUAUAGACCAGUUUGCCCUACAAAACGAACAACUUGGUCAAACGUUGGAACAUGCAAAGAAUAUCCUCAAACAAUUCGAUGAUUGUGAAGAUACCGUGCGAUCAUAUCCAAAUCAGCAACCGCUAACGGACGACGAUAUCGUGGACCCGUACGUACCGGGCUUCAUAUUUCAGGGACCCCUGUGGGAUGCAAAUUAUGCGAGAAUCGAUCUUCUUUCCACCGAGUUGAUGUUUAAAUAUCAAACCAUGCUUUCGUUGAAGCAGCCGCUUCUCCAGGAUUUGCAACGGUUGGCCUUCGAACAGUGUCAGUUGAUUGAGACGAUAUCACGCUGGCCAGACAGGGGCAACGGAUAUUGCAUUGGCUUCAAGAACAGUAUUGGUCUUUCGAGCAUGUUCUUGCCCAAGGACUUGAAGCACCAGAUGUGGUCGAGGCACAAGCUGGCCUUGAUGGAACAAAAUGGGUAUAUCAUUGCCCCUCGAUUCCGCGCCGCCAUCGCCGCCAUCUGGCAACUCCCCGAUAUUCACCACUGGUGGCUUCCCAAUGACGAAGGCUACUCAGAUAUUAUCCGCGAGGUCCGGGGCAUGUCUGAAGAGCGAAUGAGCCAACCUUUGGAUGAUUUCCGGGAGAAUGUGCGGGACAUGAAAUCCCUCUUCUGGAAGCUUAGUGUGGAUGAUCAGGGUGAAGACCAGAGCCCUUCCAGUAGCCACAACAGCUAUACGUGA